CGCGGCUUAAAAGAGACGUCUCUGUCGGCGUCGCAGUCGAUAUGGCCGAUGCUAUUUUCGAAUUGGGCGAUCUGUCAGCGCUACGAAGUCGGUUUGUUGAGUUGAUCAGUUGAAUUCACGUCGUCGGCGAGUCGAGAAGCAAAACGCGGAAACGUUUAAGCAACUAGGCCGAGAACCUGAGCUGAGUUUUAAGAUACUUUUUGUGGUUUGAGUUGCGCGCGGGGUUUUUUACGGGCCCGACAUAAAUCAGAGCAAUUUGCAGAUCGUUUUUGCGAGCGUUGUGAAUGGGCCAAGUUAAGCGGCGAUUAUUGUGCAGUGCAGCUUUCAAAUCCAUCUCAGUGUGGUAAUUUUUCUGUUGGCUAAUUGUGCAAGUAAAGCCAAAAUUCAAAACAACAACCACGUUUCGGCCGUGUUUGUGUGUGUUUGUGCCAGUGUAUCUGUGUCCGCUCAAUCUUUGCUCAAUCGCAAUCUUUGGGCAUUGCCAAAACAGGUUAACUAAAAGCAAACGUGUUCUUUACGUUUCUGUUGACUUUGCCAGCCGCAAAGCCAAAAGUUAGUCAACAAAACAGAGGAAAAAAACAAAAUUACAGCACGGAAAAUCAAUAGCAAAUUGUUGCCACAGUUCCUGCAGUCCGUGGUUAACCGAGAAUAAAAGCGGCAGAAGCCAGUUGAAGAACUUCAAGGAGCACAGAGUUGCCGCGACAUGGACGCCGCUGCCGAUGGAGUACCGCCAACGGCGCCAGCAGCGACGGCGACGACGGCCAACAGCGAUCUGGACUUGGCGGCACGUCGGCGACUCUUCAUCUCACAGCCCUCGACAUUGGCGACGCGCCGCCAGCAGGCGGUUUGUGUGCGGAGGGCCCACAAAAUGUACGGCAGCAGCAAGAACCCCAACGUUGUCCUCGACGGCCUGAACAUGACAGUGCCCAAGGGAUCCAUAUACGGUCUCCUGGGCGCCUCGGGAUGUGGCAAAACGACGCUGCUCAGCUGCAUCGUCGGACGACGUCGCCUCAAUUCUGGUGAGAUUUGGGUGCUCGGCGGACGACCUGGAUCGCGUGGUUCCGGUGUGCCAGGUCCUCGGAUCGGCUAUAUGCCACAGGAAAUAGCCCUUUAUGGCGAGUUCACGAUGCGUGAGACCCUAAUUUACUUUGGCAUCAUUUCGGCCAUGAACAAAGGCGACAUCGAGGAUCGCACCGAGUUUCUGCUCAAACUGCUCAAUUUGCCAAAUGCCUCCAAAUUUGUCAAGAAUCUGAGUGGCGGUCAACAGCGUCGAGUUAGUCUGGCUGUUGCCCUGCUCCACGAACCGGAGCUGCUUAUCCUGGAUGAACCCACGGUGGGCGUGGAUCCCGUUUUGAGACAAAGCAUCUGGGAUCAUUUGGUGGACAUUACGAAGAAUGGUCACACGACUGUGAUAAUCACCACGCAUUACAUCGACGAGUGUGCCCAGGCGCAUAUGAUUGGCCUUUUGCGUGGUGGCAAAAUGCUGGCAGAGGAAUCACCGGAUUAUCUGAGGCAGCAGUAUAGUGCAGACUCGCUGGAGGAUGUUUUCCUGAAGCUCUCCGUAUUGCAGAACAUGGGAAAGCGUCGACGAUCUUCGAUCGCUCAGGAAAUUGUGGAGCAGGUCACAGUGCCGGCAAUCUCGAAUCCCGCUUUGGACAUGUCCGAUGAGCAGCAUGCCGCCGAGAUUUCUGGGGAGUUUGGAGACAAUAUUUCCAUGUCCUCGGCUGCUAGGGAUCCGAUCAGCACUACAGCUCCCGCAGCGCCUCCGCUGCCCCCACCCGAAGAAACUCCCACAUCCUUUUGGUACAACCUCCACGUGAUGCAGUCGCAUCAUCUGCACGCUCUCAUCUGGAAAAACUUCUUGUGGAUGAUGCGGAACGUUGGGGUGAUGCUGUUCAUCGUGGGACUGCCAGUGGUGCAGAUUCUGCUCUUCUGCUACGCCAUCGGCCAUGAUCCGACGGGACUCCAAGUGGCUGUGGCGAAUCACGAGAUGUCGGGGGAAAUGAUUAUGGAACAAUUCUGUCCAGUGCACACCGGAUGCAAUCAGACGAUGCUGAGCUGCCGUUAUCUCGAUAUGCUGGUCAAGAACAAGAGCAUGGUUGUGAAAUAUGUAAACGACGAUGAAACUGCAUACGAAGAGGUGAGGAAAGGCCGAGCUUGGGCUGCUCUGGUCAUCCAACCCAACUACACGGCAUCUCUGAUGGAACGAGUAGAGGAUGGUCGUUAUGCAGAAGAUGGCACCAUCGAAUCCUCCGAUCUGGCAGUGCGAAUGGACUGGUCCAACCAACAAAUCUCACAGCUGCUCUACCGCGAUCUUCAGUACACCUUCUUCAACUUUGUGGGCGAUAUGUUGUUUGACUGUGAUCUGAAUCCGAAGCUGGGACGCGUUCCUGUGGACUUUCAGCAUCCCAUCUACGGCUAUCGCAAUCCCAACUUCACGGACUUUGCUGCCCCUGGUGUUAUCCUGACCAUCAUCUUCUUUUUGGCCGUGGCUGUUACCUCAGGAGCCAUGUUGAUCGACCGGAAUGAGGGAAUGUUGGAGCGGUGUCUGGUGGCGGGGAUCACGGGUCCGGAGAUCCUGCUCUCCCAGGUGGUCACCCAGUUCACAGUGAUGCUCAGUCAGACGAUCUUCGUCUUGAUCGUCAGCUUCUACUUCUUCGAACUUACUUUGGUGGGAAAUAUCUGGCUGGUGGUAGCCCUAUGUAUUUUGAAUGGACUGUGCGGCAUGAGCUUUGGAUUCGUGAUUUCCUGUGCCGUGGACACCGAGAGAACUGCGACCUAUGUGGCCAUGGGAUCCUUCCUGCCCAUCGUUAUGUUGUGCGGCAUCAUCUGGCCGAUCGAGGGCAUGUUCCCGCUCUUGCAGUUCUUCACGGCCUUCCUGCCACUCACCAAGCCAACGGAAUCAAUGCGAUCCAUCCUGCAGCGCGGCUGGGGAAUGGAUAACCCCGUUGUCUACCAUGGUUUCAUUUCGAUUUCCUCCUGGGUUUUAGUUUUCCUUGUUCUCACCAUCCUGCUGCUCAAGUUCAAGAAGGGUUAGUCUCCUUCAGGGUUUAUCCGAUACAGAAAAGAAUGUGAUGAUAGAUUGGAGAUGCAAUUUUAUUUCAUAUAAACUUAUUUACACUUGAGUUUCAAAUUUAGAAUUCUGUUCGAACUGGAUACAAACAUAUUUGAAUCUUUUAAAUGUAAAUAUUAACUCCAAAAUCAUAUUGUUUUCUGUGCCCAUUUCUUAUGAUUUUACUAUGUUUUAAGGGUAGACUUACGUUAUCUUAGCCAGUAGUCAGUACUUAGUGAUAGCCGUGCUUCCCUGGCAAAAGGUUCCGGAUUCCACUAUGUCUAAGUAUGGAAAUUGUUGUGCCUUGUAGAAUAAAACUUCCCACGUCACAUCACCUUUAUACCCAUUCGCCCACAAAACGACAUCAGAGCAUUAUAUUUAUGUUGUAAGAUUGUGAACAAAAUACGAAAAGUUUGAAUAAAUUGAUAGAAAAACUUUGCCGAGA